GGCGGGUUUGAGUCGAGGCGAAGUGGGUGACCGUUGCUACAGCAGCAUCUCCUGCUUUCUCUGAGAAAGAUGGAGGAACUGGACGAAUCCGUGCCCGUUGGCGAGGAGCUGCUGCCGUGCAAAGUGUGCGGGAGAAGAUUUUUCUCACGAGUCCUUAAAAAGCACACGCCCAUCUGCCAGAAAACCGCCACGAAGAGAAGGAAGGUGUUUGACUCGAGCAGACAGAGAGCCGAGGGCACCGACAUCCCGAAUGUGAAACCACUCAAGCCAAAGCCUGAACCACCCAAGAAACCAUCCAACUGGCGCCGAAAGCAUGAGGAAUUCAUUGCCACCAUCCGCGCUGCCAAGGGCCUGAGCCAAGUGAUGAAAGAUGGUGGCCCUCUUCCCCCGCCCCCUCCUCCGUCCUACGAUCCAGAUUAUAUCCAGUGUCCGUAUUGUCAGAGGCGGUUUAACAAGAACGCAGCUGAGCGGCACAUCAAAUUCUGUAAGGAGCAAGCGUCCCGCAUUUCCAACAAGGGGAAAUUCCCUGGAAAUGACAAAGCCAAGCCUCCAGCCAGGACGCAGUAUAAACCUGCCCCGGUGAAGAAGGUGAGUCCUGUAACUUCCACGUCUUCAGUGUCUUCCUCUCGCCUACCUCAGCGUCCAGCCUACGGACAGGGCGGCGGAACUGGAAUUUCCGGCACUAAAAAUCCCACAGGCUCCGUAAGGAAUGUGUCGUCCUCUUUCUCUCCAUCCUGUCCUAGCUCAGGUGGCGUGACCAGUCCUCCCUCUGGGGUUAAUACCAAACCUAAAGGCGUGGUUGCUCCGAGUUCACUGAAGAGCACAACCUACGGAGGAGGAAUCAAUAAAAAGAAGGUCUACAGUCCCAACAACGAUAAUUCAAGGAAUGAGGUGAAAAACGAGGAAGAAGUGGACUAUUCCACACAGGGGACCAAGUUCUGUCAUGAGUGUGGAACCAAGUACCCAGUGGACUGGGCCAAAUUCUGCUGUGAAUGUGGGGUGAGGAGGAUGUGCAUUUAGAGAAAGCGAGGGAGACGGAGAUGUCUUUUUAAUGCUGAAUUGUCCAUUUUUCCAAUCAUUGCAUUUUGUGCCCAAGAAUUCCAGUCUUUCUCUACUUUUUAAUUUGUUUUUGCAUUGUUGUAAUUUCGUUUGUGUUUAUCAGAGUGCAAUAUGAUAAACUACUGACCUUUUUUUUUUUUUUUAAUCAGAAUUAGAUUAAAAAUGAAUUCUACCCAUGUCGAAUUCAUUUCAAAAAACAAAAAUCGGCGUCCCGACAUCGCACCUCCAUUUUGAAGCAGGAAGAUCCAACACAGUAUUAUGAUUUAAUUUAUAUUUUAAUUUAUGCGGAUACAAUUCCGAAGCAAAGCCAUUUACAUUUGUCUUUUUGUUUAAUUAUAUUAUUUUUUUCUUUUCUUCAAGUGCAUAAUGGAUAUUUAUCUUGACAUUUCACGUAUUGUAAUGAAUGCAAAAUACAAAGUAUGUUCACUCGACCGGAGCAAUCCGUCACAGCUUGAUCAUGAUCCAUCCGUACACAAAAUCGCACCCGGCGAGCGAUUAAAUUUGUACAUUUCGCUGCAUGAUCACCUGAUCAUAAUCAUGUGCAGAAAAUAGCUUUACAGCCUUAAGGCCUUUAUAAUCCCGUCGCUGCUCCUCUGCUGGUAGGUUCUGUAAGCUAAAGAUACACGUAUAUAAAAUCCCUCUGUGAUUAAUUACCCCUGUGUGCUGUUAUAGCCGAACACUACUGCGGUGUCAUUCUUAUGAAUGGUGUGUAUCGUUUCUGUAAGACAGAGCGGGUACAGGACCUGCUGACAGAGUGGAUGGACACCAACACCAGGUUUACCACUGUAUGUGCAGAAUGUCUCGUGAAUAAACUUACAUGAAAGUGCUAAGAUGGA